UAUAUGGGCGUCGCGGUCGUCCCAAGACGUUGGUUAUUUCUUGCAGUCGCGCCAAGAUACCGACGCACCACAGGCGGCCACAGCCCCUGCGACCACAGAUAUGCACAUCCUCGAGUUAGGAGCUGACCAAGAAGAAGAUGGCGGGUGCGCACGCGCCGCGGACGCUGUCUUCCGCACCGUGCCGAAGGACCAUACUGCUUUUCUUGUGUGGAGAGUAGCGGAAUCCGGAACGGAGUUGCUGCCACGCACGCACUAUGGCACGUUCUACGACGCGGAGGCCUACUUGGUGUACUCCUGUUCUAUCACAGGCCAGCCGGCGGGACCCGACGUCAUCCGUCGAGAAAUAAAAGAGAACGGCAGCGGUGAGUUCGCCGAACGUCAUAUUCACGCGUGGGCCGGUGAGCACAGCGGCGGGCUCGCUGCGCUGGCGCUGCGGCGCGGCACUCAGCUGGCAGCCCACUUAGCGGUGCCCGUGGUCAUCCAUCGCGAGGCAGUGACUAAGGAGACGCCCCGUUUGCUGUCCUACUUUAGAGAUGGUAUCAGGAUUCUCCGUAGCGGCUCUGGGACACUCAACGGCGGCGCUAGGCUAUACCGAGUGAAAGGACGCCGCCCCGUCCUCUUACAACUAGAACCGGUGUCGUGGUCGCACCUCUCUGCCGAUGGAGUGUUCGUGCUCGACACCUCGUCCUUGCUUCUGUUGUGGCUGGGACGGGCUGCCAAUUUGGUAGAAAAGAUCUUCGGUGCUAAGAUUGCAUACCGCAUGGCCCGAGGAGCCGAAAAAGGCAUGACCGCACGCCGAAUCGCAAUCGCCCACGAUGGGUAUGAGCAGACCUUGCCGGCUUACGACCGCGGUCUGCUGGACACUUUGCUGGAACUCCGCGCACGGUCCGUCCGCCCGGCCGCGCCGCCCGCAGACCCUCCCAGACCGGCUAGACUGUAUAGAGCCACCCAACCACCUAGGGUCGCAGUCACCGUGCCUUCGCAAAGACCAGCAGCUAGGCUGGAGGAAGUCAAAAGAGCGCCACUGCAUAGGGACGAUUUAAGUGAAGACGGCGUCUUCAUUAUAGACAGUGGUAACCGCGGUGUCUGGGCCUGGGUCGGUCCUAACGCUUCCAACUCCGCCUCCAGGGGCGCUCUAGCAGCGGCCAGAGGUCUCGCGCGGGCCAAACGCCUAGUAGUUCCGGUGUCGGUAGUAGAGGCGGGCCGGGAGCCGCUGGAGUUUGCGGCGUUGUUCCGUGGGUGGCGCUGGUGUGACAAACGCCGCGACUCGAGGCUCCGCGCCGCUCGGUCGGCCACCACGAAGUUGGAUGCAGUUAGUUUGGCCGCCAAUUCGUGGCUUGCUGCUGAGGCUCAACUCCCGGACGACGGGUCUGGCGCGCUGCGGGUGUGGCGCGUGCACUACAUCUCCGAAGACGAGAGCACUCUAAUCGAAGUUGAACGUCCACAAGCCGCCGUGUUCUACGAUCAAGACUGCUACAUCGCGCUAUACACCUACCACGCGCCUACUGGCGACCAGUCCGUGCUGUACUACUGGAUGGGUGGCUCUUCGCCAAAUGAUUUGAGGAAUUUGGGUGCAAAAGAAGCCAAAGACCUCUACACGAAAUUGGGGCGUCUUCCUGUCCAGGCAUGGGUGUACCAAGGAAAGGAGCCAGCACAUUUCCUGCAGAUCUUCAAAGGUCGGAUGAUCACAUACGUGGGAAGCGCCGCGGAUUACGAUCCUAGCGGACGCCGUGUGACAGCUCCAUUGCGCGCCUUGAUCCGAGUAUCGGGGCAAUAUGCUCGCGAAGCGCGAGGCGUGGAAGUUCGCUAUGACGAAGUCACGCCGGGCGCGUGCUUCAUACUGCGAGAGGCGGCACGGGUGUGGGUGUGGUGUGCGGCUACCGCUACUGGAGACGAAAGAGAAGUCGCCAAAAACAUGGCCGCUGCUGAUCAUAUACUUGUUAUGCAAGGCAAGGAGAAGCCAGAUUUUUGGACAGCCCUGGGCGACCGCCGGCCUCUGUUGGUGGCGUCUCCAUUGAAGGAGGUGGAGCGACCGCUGCCCCCGCGCCUAUUCUACGUGUCACUCGGAGUCCCUGGACAAUACUCAUUCGAAGAAAUCGUGUCAUUCAGCCAGUACGAAUUGUCUCCGGAGAUGGCGUGCGUGCUGGACGCGCACAUCGCGGUGUUCGUAUGGCUCGGCGCGCACUGCUGCCCGCGCGCUAAGGAAGACGCGCGCUCAUUGGCCAACGCUUACCUUGCUCAUGACCCAGCCGCCAGAGACCCCGAAACACCAAUUCUUGUCAUCAGUCAGGGUCGUGAGCCACCACACUUCACGGGUUUCUUCCCGCAUUGGAAGCAGUCUUUGUGGAAGGGUCACAAAACCUUCGCCGCAAUAGUCAGCGCUCUAGAAGGCAAGGCUAUAGUGAAGUGUGGCAACAACGCGAUCCAGAGCGGCAACAGCGCGACCCGCUUUGACCAGUACGAAAAAUACCCGCUAACGGUCCUGCGAGGGCCCAAGGAACACCUGCCACCGGAUGUCGAUCCUCUUUCUAAAGAGCUGUACCUGACUCACGACGAUUUUGUGUCAACAUUCCACAUCACAUACAGCGAAUUUCGCACGCUCCCAGCCUGGAAACAAAAGGACUUGAAGAAAUCUGUAGGGCUCUUUUGACUAUUCAGAUUUCUUCUCCGCCGGUUUUUUUAAUAUAUAAUUAAACACACCUAUGCUGAAGGCACUAGCUGUAUGAGGGAAUUGAGGAAAUUACAGAUGCCACAAAUAUUUGGUAGUGGAAAUCGAAAGGUGCUGAACAAUUUCAGACAUUAAACAAUAACGCUCGAAGAUAAUGCGUAAAACAAAUAUUUUCCAUACUCAAUAGUGUAUUGUUUUAAGGUGCGGGAUUCUAUGCAGGUAUCUGUGCAGAUUUAAUCUCUAUGCAAAGAGCAUUCGCAAUCAGUAUUAAUUUAGCCAACUAAAUCAGAUUCAAUUUUAUUACGGUUCUAAUACUCGUCGACUUUAAUACGUUAAUAUUAAAGAUAAGGUAUAUUUUUGAUCUUUACUUACGAGGUUUGUUAUGUUAUUAUGAUUUAUAAUCCAGUAUUCGUUUAAGAAAUAAUAACUAUUUGUUAAUAAGAUGUGAUCACCUAUUUACUCACUGUUAUUUGUUUGUUUUGUCACAUUAUAUUAUAAUCAAUAUCGUUACAUUUUUAAUUGUUAUUUUGAAUGGUCUCUAAGACAUAAGGAUUGUUUACAUAGUUGUCAUUCUAUUGGUCGUUAGGUUAGUGCAUAAUUAUUUAUUGUUGUAAUAGAAACCAA